CUCACAGUUUAACUUUCUACUUCCUGAUGGUCUUUUGUGUUCAGCUUCAUUGAUGAUUAACUGCAUGUUACAGCCGAAGUGGUAAUGGUCAAGAACAUCAACUGAUUUCAUUUCGCUUGAUACUGAGAACAUGCACUGAAGAGACGCAGUCUGGUAACUAAACAGGCAGACAAUUCAGAUUUGGCAGACAAUCACAAUGCACUGCACAGGGGAAGGAUAUAUAGUUAUUCAGAGUGAGUGCACAGUCUGUAACUGGAAUGCUGAAGACGUGGAAACCUUUGUUGUGAAUGAAAAUGAGGUGUUAUACUUAAAGGUUUACAAAGAAAUAUGGUAGAUAUGCAAUAGCAGAUGAUUAGGUUUUUAUCUGCUUAACUACAGACGUUGUGAAGUUUACAUAAACGGAUAUUCAACUUUGUUGCAAAAGUUUUGAGCUGACUCCAUAGUUCAGUCGAGUUAAUGUUUCAUUAGCUACAACUUCUGCUGUAAACACGACUGCUUUGAACAUGGCACAGAGAACUGAACAGGCAAAGAGUGGUAAUAUUGGGCUGUAUACUAUAGAUGAGAAGCGUUCCAGUUUAACAUCCACAAAUAGCCUAAAAAAUACUUGUGCAGAAAGAAAGCGAGAUGGUAGAACUGGAGAGAGUCUUGCCCAUCAGGAUUCUAGCAAAAAGAAGGAUUUUUUAUUAAAGGAGGUAUGCUUGUGCAGUGAAGUACCUACACAACCUGAAGAAAUCACACAGCAUGAAACAGAUCCUGCUCAUUUCGAAUGUGUGACAGAUGGGGCUGGCUCAUCACCAUGCUCUAUGGCUACAGACAGCGUUCCUACAGAUGUUUUUCUUAAAUUAAUCAUGGUUAGCAGAAAAACUGGACUUCCUGACAGUCAUCUGCAGGAAAUUCUGAGAGGAAGACUUCGGAUUCUGGAAAAUGAUACUGGGGAAGUUGUGUCACUGUUUGGGGAGCUGUCAGCACGACUACUCUCCAUACAUUCUAAACAGGAUCUGAUUGUUGUUACAUUUAAAACAUUUGAAGAGAUAUGGAAAUUUUCUACCUACUAUUCUCUUGGUUUCAUCGGCCACUGUUUGGAAAAUCUCCUUUUUGAUCAUGUCUUUUGGCUACAGUCAUUAGAAAAGGAUGAGGCUUGGAUUGAUGUACAAAUAAAUGAAGAUGCCUUACUGUUAAUGUACAGGGGACUUUUAAUUCAAGAAGGAAUGUUUUACGCUUCAUACCAUGAUGGUGGUGCGGAAGAACUGAAAGGUGAUGACGCUGAUGAAAAGCAACACGUGAUUUUAGUUGAGGAUACCUCAGGUGGAUAUUCAUGGACAGCACAGACAGUCAGUGAUGGUAGGAGGAUCCUUGCUGCAAAAUCUAAGAUUGAGCCACUGAUCCCCUUUCACCAGUGGUUUUUGAAGACAUAUUGCGAAAGUGUCAGCUUGUCCAAUGAAACACGGACUGAAUUUUCUCAAGAAAUUGCUACAGGAUCUUGUGUAUCCCUCACUGAUUAUGAAGCAAGUGGGCCUGAAGAACUCAGUUUUCAGAGAGGAGACAGUAUUGAGAUUGUUGGCAUCCUUGUGGGCUGUCUGCACUGGUUUGUAGGAAGGCAUAUGUCUACUGGAAAAACAGGAUUUGUAAGGACAAAUCAUGUGAAGCCUGAAGACUUCUUAUUCCUAUCAGCUGUCCUGCAGUGUUUUGAAGAUGAAAAAUAUCUGAUCAACACACAAAACAGUUUCAGUGAAGAAUGCACAAUGAAUUUGCUGAAGCAAAUGUCAAGGACAGAUGUCAACUCUGUGUACAGAAUGGAUAUAACUGUUGGUUACACAGAAGAUGGUUACCACAAAGAAAUAUUACAUCAAUUAAAUGACACAGAUGAAGACUCUACACAUGACAAUGUCCUUAAAACUAUCAGUGAGCCCAGAGAUCAAAUCUGCAAAACAUCCAUGGUCAGUGCAACAAACAUAUUUGAUAAAGAUGCUUCAUCAUCACUUACUGAACAAAAAGAACCACGAUUUUGUAUAGGCCAGAAUGAAGACAGCUGUAGAUCUGAGAUUCUGCAGUCACUGCUUCUGUUCUUGAACAGCAGGGAAUACAAUAUUCAUUUUAAAUCCCUGUACGACUUUUCCUUUUCUUUCCUCCAUUCACUGUUCUAUGGUUAUCACGAAGAAGAGGACCUGGUGUAUUAUCUUGAACUGGCGAGAGAAGCUGCAAAGAAGAAAAAGAUGAACUGUGCACAAGCAAGGAUAUGUUAUCUGCUUGGCAGACUGUGCGCUAGGAAAAUGAAAUUCUCCCAAGCUAGAGUUUAUUUUGAAGAAGCAAUAGGUGUUAACAAAGGAGAUUUUACAGAUGUAUUUCUAUUAACAGCCGUCUACUCAAAUCUAACGUGUAUUUACUUGAAGCAGAAGAACAAGGAGAAAGCAUCUCCUGUUUUUGAAAAGUUAGCAGCACUUCUGUUGGGGAUGCCAAAAUACAUCUGUAGCACAGAAGCAGAGUCAGAAGUUCUUAGAUAUGUCUUAAAGAAAGCCAUAUUAACUCAGAAUCAGCAAGCUGAAGUAAGAAUAUGUAUUCUUUUAAUAACACUCUACACAAGUUAUAACCAACAUGAAGAGGCAUUACCAUUUAUAGAAAGGCUGCUGCUUCUUAGCAACAAUUUCCUUUCCCAGACAAACCUUCACGUGAUACAUUAUUAUUUUAUACUUGCUGAUUUGUACAAUGAAAAAUGCCUGCCCCAUCUUGCAGCAAGCUGUGUGAAUGCUAUUACUUCACACUGUAGUUGUUCACUUACUGACUGUAUGAAAAGUAUGCAGUUUCUUAUCAAAAAUUCCACCAAGCUUUUUGGUCUCAGGAAAGGGCACACAGCACCUGCCCAACUUGCACCAUACCUUAGGAAAACUCUUUCCUUAUUCCCUGAAGGAAAACAGCAACUAUUUUGUAAGACUGUAUACCUAAGUUUAUCAGAGUUGUGCCGCUCCCAUGGAAUAUAUGAAAAAUCUAUUUGUUACAUGAAAAAGGCCAUAGCUCUAGAGGUCUGCAUGAAUUCCGUUGAGGUAAUUGAUGAACAAAUUUCCUUAGCUUGGUUGUAUAUCCUCAGUGGUCAGGACAUUGAGGCAUUAGCCAUUUUGUUUCCAGUUUUGGAAUCCUGCUCUUCAAGCAGUACUCACCUUCAGAAGGGUAUUGCUUACAACAUGAGUGCCAUUUGUCUCAGAAGAACCUCUAGCACAAAAAAGGCUACUGAAAAUUAUUUCAAAGCAUUGUGUAUCUCAGAUGAGAUGGGUUUAAAACAUAAUCAGGCUAUUGUCCAGGCUAAUAUUGGUUUUCUUUUCCUUCACUUGUCAGCUCAUCUUCUGGCUGAGUAUUAUCUUCUAACUUCUGUCAAACUGUUUUGCAGACUGCAAAGUGGAAGCUAUUAUACUGAAUUUAUUCAAGUUCUUCUCAGCCUUGGUCAACAGUAUGUAGGUCAAAGACAGAAGGAAAGGGGCCAACUGUGCUAUGAAUGGGCCCUUCUGGUAGCCAUCAGUGUAAGCCAUAUUAAUUGCCAGCUUCAAGCCACUCAAAAGCUGUGUGACUUCUACAGAACUGUUGUCAAGUCUGAGGCUCGAUGCAUCAUCUACAAUGAAUACCAGCUUCAAUUAGCAAAGAAGAUGGGGGACAAAGAGCUGGAAGGAAGUGUUUUGGAAACCAUCAGUAAACUUUAUAUGACUUUAGGCACAGAAAGAUCAUACAGAUCUGCUCUUGAAAACACUAAAAGAAGUUUGGGGAUAUUCAUAGAUCUCCAGAAGAGGAGAAAAGAAGCUUAUGCCUGGCUGCAAGCAGGAAAAAUUUAUUACAUGCUAAGGCAGAAUGAACUGGUAGACCUGUAUAUUCAGGUUGCUCAAGAUACUGCCCUGAACACUGGUGAUCGCAGCUUUGCACUGGAGCUAUUGGAAGCUACUGGCGAUAUAUUUUUCAAUGGAACCUGGGACAGAGAGAAAGCUGUGACUUUUUACAGAGACUGGGCACUUCCUAUUGCAGUAAAAGCAGAAGACUCAAAGACAGAGCUCAGACUUUGCAAUAAGCUUGUACAUCUCCUGCUGAGUUUAAAGGCCUAUAACGAAUGCCUGGAACAUGCUCAAACAGCACUCGUGGUCAGUGCUGCUUUAGAGGACAAGCUGAAUGAACGGGUUGCUUAUCACAGACUAGCUGCUGUCCAUCAGAACUUGGGUCAGUGCGAGCUUGCAGAACAUUUCUAUCUUAAAACAUUAUCCCUGUGUUCGUCACCUCUGCAAUUUGAUGAAGAAGCACUUUAUUAUGUUAAUGUCUACAUAAAUUUGGGUGAUAUAGUAUUUUAUGAACUGAAGGACCCAUUUGAUGCUGCAGGAUAUUAUCACCUAGCCUUGGCUGCUGCAAUGGAUUUGAACAACAAAAAAGCUCAAUUAAAGAUUUGCACAAAACUUGCUACUAUUUAUCAUAACUUCUUGAUGGAUCGAAGCUUGUCCUUAUUUUAUUAUCAGAAAGCUAGAACAUUUGCAACAGAGUUAAAUAUCCGAAGAAUCAAUCUUGCACCGGAUCGAUAUUAUCAAAUUCAAAACACAGCAAACACAUAUUUUAAAAACUGUACUUAAUGUAGUGUAUUGUAAGUAGGUGAUACACAGAUAUGGACCUAAUAUGCGACAAGGUAUAGUCUUUACAAGAUACCCGACUUGCAAAUCUACUGUUAAUAUGUCUCUUUUCUUAGAAGAGCUUGUAAUGCAUUUUGCAACAAAUGUUUUGGAUAAUUGCAUCAACUGCUAGAACUAUAUUCCAAGACCAUUAUUCAUUUUUAUUUCAGAAAUAACAUUUGAAUACUGCACGUGCAGUAAUGUGCAAGUUUUUUUUAAUAGGCAUAUUGAAUAAACAGUUAUGGAAAAUUAAAAGAAUA